AUGCAACGUUCCCAGAUUCCAAAUGGUGGUCAUAAGCACCUACAUAUCCACAGAUACGACAGCUCAAAGACGACGAGCUCAGUGAAUUAUGUCCCUCUCACAACAACGUCGCCUGCUAGCAGUUACUGGGGCAUCGACCAAUCUAUUGCCUACGGUAACUCCACCAUUUUGUCCGAGACUGCUGGUAUUGUUGACACUGGCACGACCCUCAUUUUUAUCGCCACUGACGCAUUCAACCAGUACAAGUCUGCCACUGGUGCUACGAUGGAUCAGAACACCGGUUUCUUGAUGAUCACAUCUGAUCAGUAUGCUAAGCUGCAAACCCUGACCUUCAACAUUGGCGGGAGUUCCUACGACCUCACCCCCGACGCCCAAAUCUGGCCCCAUUCCUUCAACACUGAGAUCGGCGGUAGCAGCAGCAGCAUCUAUCUUAUCGUUGCUGAUAUCGGUAGCAACUCUGGCAGUGGCUUCGACUUCGUCAACAGUUACUCAUUCCUUCAACGCUUCUACUCCGUAUUCGACACCACCGACCACCGAGUCGGCUUCGCGACCACUUCGUAUACCGAUGCGGUCAUUAACUAA